ACAGAACUCGGAGUGCCAGCAAAGCACGCCGGCUGCGUCUCUUCCAUCCCAACUCCGCACUCCGGCCCAAAGCCGAAGCGAAACCAUCCAGCUACUCAUCCAGCCCCACCGCUGCCUCACUCCCCUCGCCAACUCCUCCAGUCCUCCACGCCCGGCGGGGUGGCCGCGCGCCGGCGGCCGAACCCUAGGCGAUCGCGGAGACCCAACCACCCGCCAGGCGCGAUCGGGAGCCGCCGCCAUGCAGGGCUUCCCCGGCGGCGCCCCCGACCCGCAGCAGCUCCAGGCCACCAUGCUCGCCAUCGAGCAGGCCUGCUCCCUCAUCCAGCUGCAUAUGAAUCCAUCUGAAGCAGAGAAAGUGAUAAGUUCGUUGCAUUCAUCUCUGAUGCCCUAUCAAGCAUGCAGAUUCAUUCUCGAGAAAUCCCAAAUGCCGAAUGCAAGAUUCCAAGCUGCCGGUACAAUUGGUGAUGCGGCAGUAAGGGAAUGGGGAAUCCUUACAGACGACAACAAAAGAAGCUUAAUACUAUAUUGCUUGAGCUACAUUAUGGAGCAUGCAAGUUCCCCUGAUGGCUAUGUGCAAUCAAAAGUUUCUGCUGUGGCGGCUAGACUAUUGAAAAGAGGGUGGGUUGAGUUUCCAGACCAAGACAAAGCAACUAUCUUCUUUGAGGUUGAGCAAUCCAUCCGUGGUAUCCAUGGGCCUAAUCGACAGUUUGCUGGGAUCAAUUUCUUGGAAAACUUGGUUUCAGAAUUUUCCCCUUCGACUGCUUCUGCUAUGGGCCUUCCUAAGGAAUUCCACGAACAAUGCGAAUGGUCACUUGAAGUGCACUUUUUGAAGGACUUCUAUUGCUGGGCACAAGCUGCUGUAUUUAGCACCUUGGACAAAAUUGUGAAUUCAAAUGUAAGUAUACCGGAGGAGAGAGCAUGUUCAGUGGCACUGCGCCUCAUGUUUCAGAUAUUAAGCUGGAAUUUCAAGCAUACUGUGGAGCAUGAGAAUUCAGAUGUGAAGAUAAAUUCUGGCUUGAGGAGCGAUACCAUAAAUCUGAAGAAAUUUGAACGUUCAUUGGUGAAGCCAGGGUCUGCGUGGAGAGAUAUUCUAAUAUCAAGUGGGCACACAACCUGGGUUUUGAACUUCUAUACCACCCUGCGCCAAAAGUACUCAUAUGAUACACUAUGGGGUGAUUCUCCUCUUGCUGUCUCCUGCAGACAGGUCAUAGUGCAGUUAUGCUCCUUGGCAGGCUCUGUGUUUCCUAAUGAUAAUGGAGAUUCACAGGUUAAACACCUUAUGCACAUAUUAUCUGCUACCGUUCUAUGGAUCGAACCUCCUGAUGCCAUUGCAGCAUCAAUCCGAAAUGGAGGAAGUGAAAGUGAGUUCAUAGAUGGUUGCCAUGUGCUGCUUUCAAUGGCAUCUUUGACUACUACCUUACUUUUUGAUAACCUACUAAAGUCAAUAAGGCACUAUGGGACAGUUAACCUGCUUUCUGCUUUGACGUCAGAAGCUGUCAAGUCGGUUCUGGAUAACCAGAGUGAAGAGGAAACCUGGGGCUCAGAUGCUCUUGAUAUUUUGUUAGAAACAUGGAAUGUUAUUCUGGAGGACAUUGAUGCUGAUAAAAGUCCUAUCUCAGUUGAUGGAGCACUUGCAGCUUCAAGUUUGUUUAAGAUCAUUGUGGAGUCGCAUUUGAAGGCUGCUGCUGAUUCUGCAUGCGAGGAUGCUGAUGAUACCGAAUACUUUCAUGUUUCUGUUUCAAAGCGUGAUGAGCAGUUGGCCUUGUAUGCUCUGAUUGCACGUGCAGCUGCUGACACUACUAUUCCAUAUCUUGCACAAUUAUUUUCAGAACGAUUUGCACGGCUAAGUCAGAAAAAUUGUGAAAGUGAUCCUACUCAAACACUGGAAGAGCUGUAUUGGCUGUUGUUGAUUACCAGUCAUGUCCUAACUGACUCAGGUGAAGGAGAAACACUGCUUAUUCCUGAAGCAUUACAAGCUGGAUUCCCCAGUGUGGUUGAAGCAGCACAACAUCCUGUAGCUACACUCUCCUGGUCUAUAAUAAAUUUUUCCAGGCAGUGUCUAGAUCCAGGAAUUAGGGCGAAGUUCUUCAGUCCCCGUCUCAUGGAGGCUGUGAUUUGGUUCUUAGCCAGAUGGGUUGCAACCUAUUUAGUACCACUUGACGUGAGCAGAGCACAAGUAAACAGAGCAGAGAUUGAUGGUGUGGGUACAAAUGGAACCCAACAUUCUAGAAAAGUGCUUAACAGUUUUGCUUGGGAGAACAACCAAGGAGAGCUCAUUCUUGAUUUUGUUGUUCUCAUUUCGAUGUUAGCACUUACUACAUAUCAGGGCGAAAAUGAGCUGCAGACACUGACAUGCCAAAAUCUACUUGCUACGGUUGUUCGACGGAAACACACAUGUACUUAUCUUGUUCAGUUGGAUUCAUGGCGUGACCUUAUUAGAGCUUUUGCAAGUGGACGCUCUUUACUUUCAUUGAGUGGACGUUUACAAAGAUCUCUAGCAGAAACACUUGCCUGUGCAGCUUCCUGCAUCAAAGAUCCUGAAGCAUCUGCGCAGUAUCUGAGGGACCUCAUGGGUCCAGUUGCAGGGUGCCUAGUAGAGAAUGCUAGUAGGAGUGAUCUCAAAUCCGUGGCGCAGCAAGCAGAUUUUGUUUACAUGGUAUGUUGCCUAUUGGAACGACUAAGAGGAGCUGCUAGAGCUGCUCAACCCCGUACUCAAAAGGUUCUAUUUGAAAUGGGUCAUACUGUGAUGAACUCACUCUUGACUCUUCUGGAGGUCUACAAAAAUCAGUCUACAGUUGUGUACAUGAUACUCAAGUUUGUGGUUGACUUUGUUGAUGGCCAAGCUGUAUUCCUGGAUGCUAAAGAAACAUCAGCUUUGGUGAGCUUUUGCCUGCGAUUGCUUCAGAUAUACUCCUCUCAUAAUAUUGGAAGGGUAAUGCUCUCACUUUCUUCAAGUCUGCGUAGUGAGUCACAAGCAGAAAAAUAUAAGGAUUUGCGUGCUUUGCUUCGGCUUCUAACAAAUAUAUGCUCAAAGGAUUUGGUUGGCUUUCUGUCUGAUAGCAGUGUUGAAGGUUCACCAGAUAUUGCAGAGGUUAUCUAUGUUGGUCUUGACAUUGUGACUCCGUUGAUAUCUUUGGACCUUCUGAAGUACCCUAAACUCAGUCGUGAUUAUUUUGUACUUGUGUCACACUUGUUGGAAGUGUAUCCGGAAAAGGUCGCUCACUUAAAUAGGGAUGCUUUUGCAAGGAUUAUUGGAAGUCUUGAGUUCGGGCUGCGCAAUCAGGAUAUCGAUGUUGUUGAGAGGUGCCUGGCAGCUGUAAAUGCCCUUGCUUCUUAUCAUUUCAAAGAAAUACUGGGGGGCAGAGGACUCAACUCACAGCUUAUGGAAUCUGAAGGACCAAAUGGCAAACUGCAGGAAAGCAUACCAGGUCACUUCUUGAGGGUUCUUCUGCAACUACUCUUGUUUGAAGAUUUCAGUACUGUUUGCAGAAUGGAACUAGCAGGUUCUGCUGCAGAUGCUUUGCUUCCAUUACUUUUCUGCGAACAGGAAUUAUAUCAGAGACUGGUCCAUGAGUUGAUUGAGAAACAGCAGAAUCCGACAGUGAAAUCAAGGCUGGCAACUGCAUUCCAUAAUCUCACUAGUUCAAACAAUCUCUCAAGCUCGCUUGAUCGACCAAACAGGCAGAAGUUUAGAAAAAAUCUCCAGACUUUUCUGGCCGAUGUCUCAAGCUUCAUGCAGAUCAAGUAGAUGCUGUGUCAUAGAACCAGCGACAUUUUGUCUGUCAAUUAAACCCGGAAGUUCUGGUACCAUUCUGGCAGGAGUGAGGAGUGUAUGUGGGCAUAGCGGGGUGGAGUGAUGAGCAAGGACGCUGACAUGAAGACAUCUGUAUCCAGUAAUCUUGAAGGGGUCGUGUCACCAGAAAGGAUAGGAAGACGCCAAAGCGUUUGAGGAUCGCCAUUCGUUGCUGCGUUUCCUGGAAAAGAGCGAGACAUCCGCCCUUGAGAUCGCCAUGUAAAUGGUUUCGUUAGACACGCUAUACAGAAAUGUGAGAAAUGGUGGGAAUUUUGUUGCGAUAGAACUUCAUGUGCUUAAUCUUGCAGUUUCCCACAAGUAGAAAAGGAUAGGAUUGGUUUUAGCUGGUUAGCGCGAGAUGGUCAGCUGGUGUAAAUUGUGCCCGUCAUACUGUACUUAAUCAUGCCUCAUCACUUGAAAGACGAAGCGUCACGGCUUGCUGUGACCAGAUGGGUUCAUUA